ACUUCAAUUGCUGAAUUAGCACCUUUUCUUGAGAUUUCUAGGUGACCAACUUUAGGUUGAAUUGACUUUCAAGACCUCCGCGAGGGUCGGAUAUCGCAUUAUUGAAUCCAUAACUAAGUCACAGCGACAUGAUUCUCAGAUAUAUAAACAAUGGCACUUCCUGCUUAAGCUUGUUUUGCUGUAGUGAGACGAGGAAUGAGAUGUCUCUUUUGGAGCAAUUUGUAGCACUAACCUUAGGCUUUUGUGUGUUCCAUACUAGUUCAGCUCCAGUUCCUGGCGAGAAGCAGAUGGGCAUACCAGAUUCUGCUUCUGCUGAAGAUGAUCCACCCUAUCCGUAUGUUUUUGGUUACCAAUCUGAAGACGGUCUUGGAAACAGCCAACAUCGCCAUGAAGAAUCUGAUGGUACUGGAAUAAUUAAGGGAAGUUACGGUUACAAAGACAUGGAAGGUAUAUAUCGAACUGUUAAUUACACUGCCGACAUUAAUGGAUAUCGUGUCGUGAUUCAGUCUAAUGAACCAGGCGUCGAAGCUUUGAAUAAUGGUGACGCUGUCAUAGUAGUGUCUUCCGAUCCAAAUGUGUCACCGAAUGCUGUGACUUCGAACAGGCCAGGGAAGUGAAUGUGUGAAAUUCUUUGAUCGAACGUUGUUAUGGGAUUCCAUUCAGUUCAGGAUGCUGCCUACCAUGUUGAUGAUUAAACUAUAAUUUUUGAAUUGAAAAUUAGCUACAGAAAAUUUUAAAAGGUAAAGGGUAACUAAUUGGGGCAUCUUGAGAUUAUGUUUAUGGCAAUACAUACGUGGUUGCGAUUUUUAUGCAUCAUAUAGUUUGAUGUAAUUGCAUGUAAUUACAAUAACUUUCUUACAAAAUACUAUUUUUCCUGUAUAGUAUUAAUUUUGAAUCUAUCUGUGAUAGUGGUGUUUUUUUCCCGUUUAUUUUAAUAAUUAUUAUUUUCUUUAAGGAAAUAGUCUUGAACUGGAACUUUCAGAUCCACUUUAAUUAUGUCUACUUUAAUCCAGUUUAAUUAAGUUAAUUCACUACUCCGUACUUUAAAAGAUUCUUUUAGUGAAUAAAUUCGUUUUAUUAUCAUUUGUUUCAAAUUAGUAUAAAUUUAAUUUGGAUAUAAAAUAAAAUAGUUUGUAAAUUUUUUUUAAAUCCAAUUUUAUAUUAAAUAGAAAAACUACAUCUGAUGAUGCUCUGUGAAGUUAAAUAACGGUAAGGAAAAGGUGAUUCGUUGAAACGAAGUUUUUUUCCACAGUGUGACUCAUUUUUACUGUAAUAACUCUCGGGGAGAAAUGAUUUUUCACGUUAUUGAUUUGUUAAUAUUUAGUAAUCCUCAAAAUACUAAAGGUCCUCAUUUUUGUAAAAAGAGGAACAUAAAUCAUUUUU